AGAGCUCCCCCCAGGCCCCGCCCAGGAAGCCCCGCCUCUUCGCCUCGCGCACGCGCAGUUCUCUGCAGACCCGGAAACGGAAUGCUUGGGACGAAGGUCACUCUGCAGAGCAUUGACUUCCAAAGACUCAGACUGAGGAAGAAGCCUGGAAGAGCAAAGAAAAGGAGUCAGGAAUGGCUAUUUCUCAGGAACAGUUGACCUUCAAGGAUGUUGCUGUAGAAUUCUCUCAGGAGGAGUGGGAAUGCCUGGACCCUGCUCAGAGGGCCUUUUACAUGGAUGUGAUGGUGGAGACCCUCAGGAACCUGAUCUCUGUGGAUAUCUCUCAUAUACAUGUGGUCAAGAAAUUACAACCAAUAGCAAGUAGUGAUAGAGGAGAUGCAUUCCAAACAGUGACAUUGGAAAGACAAGAAAGCCCUGAAAUGAAAUAUUUUUGCUUCACGGAAAUCCAGGAAGAUGACUUUGGGUGUCAGUGGAAGAAUGAUGAAAGAAAUUACAAAGGAAUGCCUGUAAUAUAUAAGGAAAAUGUAACUCACAGAAGAGAUAGACAAGGAAGCUCCAGAAGAUGCCAUGUGGGAUGUGAUGAGUGCUCUGCCCCUUCAGCCUCCAUAAGCACUUAGUCUUCAGUGUCCUCACAGCAAUAUGGCUGCUGAAAGACCAAGAAGAGUGAAGGUUGAGAGGCAAAACACUUUUCGAUUAUAGAUUUGGUCUCAUUUUCAUGAAACAAUAAUCCUAGUCAUUAUUUUCUGAUAUUAUUAGCCAUUUGCAUUAAAUGGACACCAUAAUUUUAAUAAUAGAUGUGAAAUUUCUAAUUUAAUAUUUCUCUCUUGAACAAAGAAAAACAAAGGGGGAAAAAGUGUUAGGGAGAGAUUAUAUCAAAAGACUUUGUUCUUUAUCCCAAGAGUAUAAUAUUCCACAUAACAUAUGGUGACUUUGCCUCAUGUUUGAAAUGCAAAGCAAAACUUUUUAGAGCCCUUAUGUUUUAUGAAUCAUAGAUUUAUUUCCUUUCUGCUCUAUCUGAUUCUAAAUACACUUAAAUAAUUCACCAUAUUUUCGGGGGGGAGGGGGGUUGCUAUUCUAUGUGGCUUGCAGGAUCCUAGUUCCCUGACCUGGGAUUGAACCUGCACUCUCAGCAGUUAAAGUGCCAAUUCCUAAUCACUGGACUGCCAAUUUUGAUAUAGUUAUUCUGAUUCCAGUAUCAGGGCGAGGAAUCAAAGAAUCCAUUUUGAAAUGCUUUUUAACCGUACCUGAAUGUGAGAAAUAUACAGGAGGCUUGUAAUUGGGAAAUAUUCUAACAUCACUUCCAAAUAUAUUUUAAGAUUAGACUCAUAUUAAUUAUAUAGUAAUGUAACUGCUAUGGAGCUUCCCAGGUGUCUCAGUGGCAAAGGAUUUGCCUGCCAAUGCAGGAAACAGGAGAACUGGGUCUAAUGCAUUGCAGGCAGGUAUUAAUUAUUUUAAUAUUUAUUUUUAUUUAUUUAUUUGGCUCUGGUGGGUCUUAGUUGUGGCUUGUGGGGCCUAGUUGCCUAACCAGGAAUUGAAUCUGGGCCAGCUGCAUUGAGAAUGUAGUGUCUUAGCCACUGGACCACCAGGGAAGUUUCAUUCAUUCCUUAAUUUGGAUAUGGAAAGUGAUACAUUCAAAACAAAAUAGUAUCAAAAUGUAAAAACAGUGUGCAUAUUUGAAUCCCUGUCAAGCACUCUCUACUCUUGUUCUUUUCAUUGAAUUAACUUCAGUAAUACUCUGUCUGCAGUGUUCUGAAAUAAAACGAAUUUUCCAUAAUCUAUGGUAGACAACAAAGGGCUUCCUUGGUGGCUCACUGGUAAAGAAUCCACCUGCCAGUGCAGGAGAUGCGAGUUCAAUCCCUGGGUCAGAAAGAUUCCCUGGAGAAGGAAAUGGCAACUCACUCUAGUUCUUGCCUGAGAAAUCCCAAGGACAAAGGAGCCUGGUGAGUCUCAGUCCAUGGGGUCACAGGAGUAGGACAUGACUUAAUGACUAAACCACCAUCACCACCACCAUGGUAGAUAACAGCUAUUCCCUUUUAAAAGGGGGAGAGGAUCUUCUCCUAUGGUCCAGUGGUUCAGACUUUGCCUUCGAAUGCCAGUGGUACAGGCUCAAUUCCCGGUCAGGGAAUUAAGAUCCCACAUGCCAUGAUGUGCGGCUAAAAACCAAAUAACAAAAAAAAACCCAUUGUUCCCCUGCCUUUUUUUUUUCUUCCACAUGUAGCCCAUCAUGAAACACAUAUGAAAACCUCACUUUCACAGUGUCAAGCUACUCUCUUUCUUGACCAUCUGCUAGAAUAAUCUUUCAUAUAAUCAUCAAUGAUGGCCCUCAUUCGUAACAACAUAUCUAGAGAAGGUGUCAUGGCCACCAAAAACAUGCUAUUUUAUUUUAAAUUAAUUUGUCCACAUCGGGUCUUAGUUGCAGCACAUGGGAUCUUUUAGUUUUGGCAUUUAGGAUCUAGUGCCCUGACCAGGGAUCGAACUCUGGCCUUCUGCACUAAGGGUUGAGUUUUAGCCACUGUACCACCAGGUGUGUGUGUUGUGUGUUAGUCGUUCAGUCAUAUCCGAAUCUUUCCAACCCCAUGGAUUGCAGCCCAUCAGGCUUCUCUGUCCGUGGGAUUCUCCAGACAAGAAGACGGGAGUAGGUUGCCAUUCCCUUCUCCAGGUCUCCCACAUUACAGGCAGAUUCUUUACCAUUUGAGCCAGGGAAGCACAUCAGGGAGGUCCCCAAAGCAUAUUUUAGAUAAUAUUUUUACAUAUGUACUCUGGCUGUCCCCAUGCUUUCAAAUUUAUACCAUCUUCUUAAAAUCAGUGUCCUAGUUUUUCCUGGUCUCAUGGAUAUGAAUAAACCCCACCUAAUGAAAUAGGUGGGGUUUCAUCUUACCCGUCUUUUCCUGAGACUAUCAUGGUAACAAAUGAAAGGCAGAUAAUGGAACAAUAGCAUCAACAGAUUUCAAACUUCAAGUUGUAGGUCAUUAACAAUGGACCCUUUUCAUGAGACCUCAGAUAAUUGAGUAAACAAUGUACCAUCUGCAGAUAAUUAGAUCUUUCCACAGAUGUCUGAUCCUUUGACAGGUAUCAACUCAUGGAUUUUAAAAAAAUUUAACUUUUAAUUCUCUGUAGAAUUUAACAUCUGAGAUUGGUUAUUUCAAACCUAAUAGACUGAGUUUCCUCCCACUGUAAGUUUUCUUAUUUGUAAGUCCAUUGAGAGGAUUGUGUGAAGAUUUAUCUCCCCAUUACAUUUGUCAUGUUUCUGUCUAGUGUGAAUUCCUUGUGAAGUAUCCUGAGUAAUUGCUGUAGAAUCUUAACAUUCUUGUAUGGUUUCUAUAUUAUAUUAAUUCUUUCAAGACCACAAAGGCAUAUAUAUUUUUAUAAAGUUGAUCACAUUCAGUACGUUUGUCAAGUUUCUCCCUAGAAAGAAUUGUGUUAUGUUCUACCAGGCUUAAAAUUUGGAUCAGCUUUGUUAUGCAUUUGUGUGGUUUUCCUCAAAAGUCUUUAUUCUGAUAUCAAGUGAGGUGACUGCUCUGGUUAUGGGCCUUGCCACCUAUAUUAAUUAGUUUAGUAUGGUGUCUCUCCACAAUGGAACAUCUUUUUAAUUUUAGUUGAAACAUAUUGCUGUACAAUUUUUGUUUCAGGUGUAAUGUUUAAUGUUUAAUUUUUGCAUACAUUAUGAAAUGACCACCACAGUAAGUCUAGUAGCCAUCUAGACUACAUCUGUGCCCAAACAAAAUUCUCACCAUAUUAUUGACCCUAUUAUUUAUGCUGUAUAUUAUACAUGCUCCUGACUUAUUUAUUGUGUAAUUGUCAAUGUGCCCAUUUUAAACUCCUUCACAUAAUUCACUCCUCUACCCCAUUCUGGAAAUCACAUAUUUUUUCUGUGUCUGUUUUCACUGUAUUUUGCAAUUUUUUCUCUUUUAGAUUCUAUAGAUAAGUAAAACCAUGUGGUAUUUGUCUUUGA